AUGGACCACUCGGAUCUGACUGAAUCCCACGCCAGAGAGGCCACCACGACGCAUCACUCUUCUUCCUCUCCCACCGAAACCAGGAGUUCUGGACGCAUGUCUCCCUUUAGCACGCGUACUCGGUCUUCAUCAGGCCUGCCACAGGCAACGAGUGGCGCUGAUCGAGCUGCAAGUAAUGGAAACUCUACACAGCAGCAAUCCGAUUCGACCGAUGGCCUGAGUAAUCGAGAUUCCGGAACUGGCAACGGUCAUGCAAAGAAUCCAGCAGAACAAAAUGGAGGGAAUGCCAAUCCAUCAAACGCUCAGUCUGGCUCCGAAGAUUCACCUGUCGCAUGGUAUGCUCGACUGGCGGAGAGAUAUGGCAGUGUAGAACUCGAAAAUAAGGGAAGCGUCGCUCGAGAUCAUCUUGCAUUAGAGCGCACGUUUUUGGCCUGGUUGAGAACCUCGUUAGCUUUUGCGUCCAUUGGCAUCGCAGUGACCCAGCUCUUCCGCCUGAAUGCGUCCAGCGUACGAUCUUCCGACGUAUCCUCUCAAGCCUUCCCUUCUCUCCUUUCGCCCCCGUUCUAUGAUCCUGCAACAAUAAGAAUCACUUCUGAAUCACAGCGACUGCGGAGUAUCGGCAAACCACUCGGAACGACCUUCAUUGGAAUCGCCCUGUUGAUUCUUCUGAUUGGGUUCCACCGCUAUUUUGAAAGUCAGUACUGGAUCAUCCGGGGUAAAUUUCCAGCGAGCCGUGGAAGUGUUGCUCUGGUAGCAAUUGUUGCGGCCGCUCUGAUCGUAACCUCUUUCGUCGUCAUACUCGCAAUUUCGCCGGGUGCUGUUGAGACUUGA